GUGACCGUUCAGCCGAAGUCAAUUGAUCGCUUCGCUCCAAACGAGCUCAAACUCCGUAUAUAAAUUCAUCCGAAUGUCGAAGCAGAAAAAACUGUCAGCGCCUUUUUCAUGUUGCUCACCCGCAUCGUCUACUUGUUUGUCGGGGUUCAAGCUGUGGUGCCAGCUUGGGCUACUUCGAACCUCUCUUUCCAAGUGACAAGUGGAGGGAACGAAAACUAUUUUCUACGGGAUAACUUAACGUCUGCGCAGGUAUUGCUUACAAGCGCAAACAGUUUAGCUUCAUUGCGGAGGCUAGUCGUCGCCUUGCCGGCAGGCAAUUCGGGAGUGCUGACGUAUUUCUUGCCUUUGAGCAAUUCGUCUUCGAAUGACAGUCUUUCUGUGACAAUUCAAAACGACUCCCUUACAAGUACAUCUGAAGAGCUCAACAAUGUCGGCAUCCAAGGAAACCUCAGUUUUAAUGCGAGUGCAACCGUUGGGGUAACAAUCAUUGGCGCUGUCCGAGCAAUGCGAGACUACGUCGAAGGUUCCGGUACGAUGCACGAAAUAUUCAACUAUACGCUCGCGUCAUACAAUAGCAGUAGCGUCCGCCUUCACAGGCAAUGGAUUAACGCAACGAGCAAUGGUACAUUCAGAUCAGCAGACGUUUACUUGAAUACUCUUUCUGGUGCCCAAUUGAACGUUACUCCUGGAAACAAUGGUACGACCGCUCCUCCGACCAUCGACAUACUCGUGGAGGAAGGCGGCUCCGGAAUAAUGCAGCUACGUGUUGUUACAAACGAGACGAGUUUGACUGGUCUAGCUCCCGAAGACCUCUUUUUAUCUGAAGGAACUGGCAAUAACUCGGCUUUGGACACGGCCUUAACCGGUCUCGCAGAUGGUAGUAGUCCUGCUGCUCAGCAGGUCUCUUUCCUAACUUAUCAUGAUAAAUUCACUGCUGGUGGAUGGAGGUUCCUCACUUAUUUUGGAAGAGACUCUAUGAUUGCUCUUAGACUGCUAAUGCCAACGCUCACCCCGAAUGCCAUUGAGUCAGCUCUUGGUGCGGUGAUCGAACGUGUGAACACUACAGGUGCUCUUUGUCACGAGGAAACUAUUGGUGAGUGGAUGAAGAACACAGGAAACGCGAUAUUGAUAUUAUCCGAAUUCAGGCGACUAUGCUUCGUUUUUACAUAUCAUUGCGUACCCAAGGUAAAUAUUGGUAACAGUAGGAGCGACCUCGGAAAUCAACCCUUCUAUGACUACAAAAUGAUAGACACAGAUCUGUUCUUCCUUCCCACAUUGGCACAUUACUUCCUCGAUCUUCCUCAAGGGAACAACACAUCGUCUUCGUUCUUGGACAAGAAUGCUACUCUGCAAAAUGGCACGUACAGGGAACUCCUGAACAGUGCAGAACUUGACAGGACAAUUUUCUACAACCUGGGGCGUGCUAUUCCCUUUGGACGGAACUCUACCGUUGCAAAUCUUCUGGCCUUUCGACCAGGUCAACCAGUUGGAAACUGGCGGGACAGCAAUCAAGGAACUGGAUACGGACCCAUUCCCUUUGACGUCAACACCGCUUUGGUUCCGGCUUCGCUUCGCUCAACUGCUCGGUUAGCGAAAGCCGGCAUCAUAGGCAACUCAGUUCCCGUUCUCACGCUAGAAGAUGGGAGCAACUAUGACGCGAACUCAUCACUGGCGGACAUAGCAGACUCGUUGGCAGCAGUGUGGGAAGAAAAAUCUUUGCCAUUCUUUGAAGUAACUCUGGACAACGAGACGGCCCAAGAACGUCUCCGCAACUUCAUAAACGAGACAAAUUUGAGCGAAGCGCUGCUUGAUGAUAUUACAGACGUAUCUGAAGCGAGUAACAAAACAUUUUACGCAUUAUCAUUGAAGGAAGAUGGCUCUUCCGUUGAGGUACUCAACUCCGACAUUGGCUUCAGCCUUCUGUAUGGUAACAACGUGACACAGAGCUUUCUUCAGCGUGUCAUUGAGGCACUGCAGCCAUAUCCACGAGGUCUACUUACAAAUAUUGGCAUGGUCGUCGCGAAUCCGGCAUACGACAGUAAUACAACAAAUAUCGACGUCUUUAACAAUGCAGCAUAUCAUGGAACUGUCAUAUGGUCCUGGCAGCAAGGCAUGAUGGCUUCUGGUCUUAAACGUCAGCUUGGUUACUGCACGAAUGCAACCAAUUCGACAGUGGAUACAAAUCCUUCUCCAGCCAACACGCCAGAAUGGUGUGGCAAUACCACAUUUGUCCAGAGCAUUUCCGAUGCGCAGCAAAGGUUGUGGUCUUCUAUCAAAGGGGCUGUCGACGAGAUUUAUUCUGAAGUUUGGACAUAUUCCUUUAACAAUUCGACUAAUACGUUUUCGGUUGCUGACCUGGCAAGUCUUUCCGGUGGUACGGAGUCCGAUGCUAUUCAACUCUGGUCGUACGGAUUUUUAGGAUUGCUGGAUCCGAGUGGCGAAAGGAUCGGCUAGUAAUAAGAGUGCGAUAAAUAUGUUGGACGAAGC